UCUGUGUCCGGGUCGUUCUCGCCGUUCUCUCCACAGCCGAUACCGCCCGCGCUCGCUCCCGCCCCCAGCACGACACCCGCUUCUGCGAACGGAGCGGCGGCGGCGUCUGCCCGCGGCGAGCGGGGGACGGCAGCGCCCGGUGGGGCUGGGGAGGAGCAGCAGGAACGGGGUCUCCCCUCGUUUCCUCACCGCCCGUCUCGGGAGGCGGCGGCGGCCAGGAGAACCGAGCCCGGGGGGGCCUCGGCUGCGGGCCCCGGCAGCGGGGCGGCCCCGCCCCGAGGCAGGACGAUGCCGGUGAAGAAGAAGAGGAAGUCCUCGGGGGCGGCGGCGGCGGCGGACGACACCGGCCUCAAGAAAUGUAAACUCGGCAGAUCACAAGCAUCUGGUAAAGUAAUAAGUGGAGAGGAACAUUUUUCAAGCAAAAAGUGCCUGGCUUGGUUUUAUGAAUAUGCAGGUCCUGAUGAAGUUGUAGGCCCUGAAGGAAUGGAAAAAUUCUGUGAAGACAUCGGUGUUGAACCUGAAAAUAUUAUUAUGUUAGUUUUAGCCUGGAAACUAGAGGCUGAAAGCAUGGGAUUUUUUACCAAGGAAGAAUGGUUGAAAGGAAUGACCUCAUUACAGUGUGACUGUACAGAAAAAUUACAGAGUAAAUUUGACUUCUUACGGUCACAGUUGAAUGACAUUUCAUCCUUCAAGAAUAUCUACAGAUACGCCUUUGAUUUUGCAAGGGAAAAAGACCAGCGAAGUCUUGAUAUUGAUACUGCAAAGUCCAUGUUAGCUCUUCUGCUCGGAAGAACUUGGCCACUGUUUUCAGUAUUUUAUCAAUACCUGGAGCAAUCGAAGUAUAGAGUUAUGAACAAGGAUCAGUGGUACAAUGUACUAGAGUUCAGCAGAACUGUCCAUGCAGAUCUUAGCAACUACGAUGAAGAUGGUGCAUGGCCCGUACUUCUGGAUGAAUUUGUUGAAUGGCAGAAAGUUCGUCAAGCGUCAUAGCAAGAAUUCAAAAGAAAAUGCAAGAGUUUUUUUUUGGUGCCCGCCUGUACACAAAGUAAUGAGAAAAACAAAGGAUUGCAUUUUCAUUCAUAAGAAAGACUUUACAGUAAUUUUUUUUCCUUUUUUAAGGAGACUUUCUUGUUACAUGUGAUAUGGGCAUUGAACCACACCUCUUCUGAGACUGAAAGUUGGAGUUCUUGUUUUGAGUCUUAUGUUUAUAGCAUUUCUUUCAGAACAAUAAAGAUUCAGAUUUGUGACAAAGGCCUAAAAGUGAUGGAUGUCCCUUGAA